AUGUCUGAUGAUCGAGGGAAGUUUGAAGUAAUAGAGUUGUCGAUGCUGAAGAAGCACAUAUUUUUUCCACUCUCCGGUUUGGGGAAUUUCACUGCACAAACUGUACUUUAUCCAUUUGUAUUACUUCGCACGAGACUCCAACUGCAAGAGGGUGCUCAGGUCUAUCGUGGUCUUAUGCACGCUAUUUCUUCUGUUAUCAGAGAAGAAGGAUUUCGAGGAUUGUAUAGUGGCUACUUUAUUCGACCAUUUCACAUCUUCUCAACUACUAUCUACAUUUCAACAUAUGAGGUGGCCAGAAAUGCAUGUUCAAUCUUUCCAGCCUUAAGUCCUGUUCAUCGAUCCUUUGUUGGUGGCGCUGUCGCUUCGUGUUUUGCUCAGAGCUUUUUUGUUCCUAUUGAUGUAGUAUCCCAACACCUAAUGGUUAUAAAUCCCAAUCGUCUCCGUGCCAAUAUGGUUUGCAAAAGUAACCCAAAAAAAUAUGAUUCUGUUUCAUCAACUAACCCAAAUCAUUUCCGUCCAUUGACUCCAGUACAGUUAACCAAGAAAGAAAUGGAUUCUAACUGGGGUCGUCUAUGUGGUGUGAUUCGUUAUAUCAGACAAACUCAUGGCCUCAAAGGUUUCUACAAAGGCUAUUUGAUAUCUAUGUGCACCUUUGUGCCCAGUUCAGCAUUAUGGUGGUCCUUUUAUGAUAAAUUUUGUAUUCUUAUUCACUUCCUUUCGACAACAAUAUGGAAAGAGCGUAUUCCAGAUUCUGUAUAUAUGUCGGAAGUUAGUAUCGGCCCGUUAGCUGGUAUCUCAUCUGCUAUUAUAGUAAACCCGCUCGAUGUGGUUCGUGUGAGAAUGCAGAUCCCAACUAAAAUGGUUACAUUUCUCUAAACAGUUUUGACUGACAAUGAGAGACAUACUAGCUUCGUACUACACGUGGCCUGGACAGACAGGUAGUUUCAUCAAUCCUCAUAUAAUAGGUGUGGGUCAUUGUCUACUGCAAGAACAUCCAGGUGACUGCUGAGUGAAUUUCUUCGGUUGACCACCGCUAGAUUUCUUCUAAACUAACCCUACUCCAGUGAAUAUUACAAGUAGUGAUAGGUGGCAGCUUAGCCUACUUAUCAGUUACCUCAGUCAGUGAAAGUUAAGUAAUUCACAAGGUGAUGUAUUUCCUUUACCUGUUGUUCUCCGUCUAAUUUCUGCAUUGUUUAUUAGGUGUUCCAACCACACUACUGAGUUGUUAUGAUGGUCGUUUCAUCCCACUUUCAAUCAUUAUCAUGUGUUAAGGCGACAUUGUUGACAUACAUAAAGCCUUCUUAAAUCG